AUGCCCUUCUACGCCAUCAUCUUGCAUCGCAGAACGUCUCUGGCCCGUCUCUCGAUCAUCGACCGUAUCGUGCUCCUCUACAUCCACUCGUUUCUCUCCGGAAUCCUGGUGGCCCACCUGCUGCGCCACUACAUCUCACCGAGCUCGUCCCCGCCCGUCUACUUUGUGCCGGCCGUCAUCAGCCUGGUCAUCUACCAAUUCGGCCCGCAGCUGUCCGAGAAUCGCGUGACGUUCGUCGCCGCCACGGUCGGCUCGGCCACCGGCCUGUCCAUCUUGCUGUCGGCCCUGUUCGGCUCGCUGAGCAUCAACACCCUCGUCGCCAUCGCCAUUCAGACGGCCUCCGCCCUCAUCUACGUGCAAAAUCUGAUCCACGACGUGCUGAACGGGGAGACGGAUCUCGUGCAGGGGAACCUGAUGGGCCUCCUGCUCACACAGAUGACGUACUUGGCGUAUAAGGUGAUCAUGUGUCCGUAUCGCCCCGAGGAGCUCGACUCGAAUCUCCCGUCGAUUACCGGAAUCUUUGCGGCC